AGAAGAAUGUCAAUUAAAUUGUCGACCAAUUGGUCAAGAUUUCUAUGCAAUUUUAAACCGUACCGUUGUGGAUGGUACAUCAUGCAGUCGUCCUUUAACCAUUGGAGGAUUACCUGCUGCAACAAUAAUGCGUGGAAUGUGUGUGGAAGGAAAAUGUCGGGCAGUGGGUCCAAAUGGUAUAUUAGGAUUAGAUUUAACACCACGCUUUCAUCAAUCUACGGCAAAGAAUUUGCAUAUAGGUGAAUUAUGUUCAGCAUGCGAAGAUGCAAAUAGUAAAUGUAUAUUAAUGAGCUUCAUUUUUACACAACCACAAAUGUCGCCUGGUUACACUUUAAUUGCCACGAUUCCAAAAGGUGCUUGUUAUGUAAAUAUAACACAACUGAGGCCAACGCGAAAUCAUUUAGCCCUACGUAAUCCCGAUGGUAGUUAUGUAUUCAACGGAAAUUGGGCAAUCAAUAAAAAUGGUAUAUAUGAUGCAGCUGGAACAAAAUUUUAUUAUAAUCGACCCGAUAAUUUAACAUUAUUAGAAUCAAUUACAAGUGUCGGUCCAUUAAUGAAUCCGAUCGAUAUUAUGCUCGUGUAUAGAGUACCAAACCCUGGAGUUAAAUAUGAAUAUAAAAUUGCCUCAAAAUCAGCAUUAAUGAGUGAAAAAAUAGCGCCACCAUCUAUCGACUUACGACGUCUAGAUCAUCGACCAUCUACUCUAUCAUCACAAGCUGAUGAAGCGGUCACACUACCUAGACAUAAUCAUCGUAUUAUGAAAAAUCGUCGAAAAAAAUACUCAUGGAAAAUAUCACCAAGUCGUACACCGUGUUCGAAAUCAUGCGGUGGUGGUUUUCAAUCACAAAUUGUUGUGUGCGUGCGAGAAUCGACACAAAUACCGGUACACGAACGUCGAUGCAUACAUUCAGACAAACCGACGGUGUUACCAGUACGAUGUGCGACACAACCAUGUCCGGCACAUUGGAUUACAACGUGGAGUCCAUGUUCUGUGACAUGCGGUCAAGGUGAACAAACACGUUUGACGUUUGAAUGUAAACAAGAAAUUAGUCAUAAAAUAAGUAUUAUGGUGAAUGAAGGUGCAUGUAUGGAACCAAAACCACCACUUCGAAAAGCAUGUUUUGUGCGUGAUUGUGAUGAAACUGGUACAACUGUUUCGCCUGAUGACGAUGAAAUAGCAAGUAAUGAUUUAAAUCAGGAUAAUAAUAAAUAUCAGCAAGCAUUUUGGCGUACUGGUCCAUGGUCACAGUGUUCGUCUACAUGUGGAAAUGGUUAUCGCACGCGUUCAGUGAUUUGUCAUGGUCAUAUGAUUCGUGCUGACGAUUGUCCAAUACAACAACGUCCAAAUAUUCGAGAACGAUGUGAAAAUCUCCCACCUUGUAAUACAGAUUACGAGACAACAACACAAAUUCGUACCAAUUUAUUAACAUCUUCACACACUAUUCAUAAUGUGACGUCGUCAUCAUGGUUAUAUACAGAAUGGUCACAAAAUUGUGACGAUGAUUGUGGUACAGGUAGUCAAUACCGACGUGUUGCAUGUUUACGUAAUGAUGAUACAUGCGCAGACACAUUAAAACCUGAAAUACAACGUUCUUGCACAAGUGAUCGUCAUUGUGGUGGAAAAUGGUAUACAGGACCAUGGGGUCGAUGUAUUGAACCAUGCGGUGUAAAUCCGAUACAAAAACGUGAAGUUUUAUGUGUGAUACAUGUGAAAGGACAAAGUCGUAUUGUAAAUGAAAAAACUUGUCCAAUUACAACACGGCCCAUUACCGAGAAACCAUGUGAGGAUGUACAUUGUCCAUCACAAUGGUAUACGAGUGAUUGGGGUGUAUGUAGUAAUCCCGUAAAUAGUAAUAAUUGUGAGAAUGCCAUUCAACGACGUGAUGUUCGAUGUUUGGAUGCAAAUCAACAUGACGCAAAUAAUUGUGAUAAUGAAGCUACACCGCCUAUGAAACGGUCGUGUGAACCUGCACAUUGUUCGAAUAGAGAUUUAUCAAAUUUAAAUAGGGCUGCACCGGGUGAUCAACCAGCCUUAGAUGGUGGAUGCGUUGAUAAAAUCGAUCGAUGUCGAACAGCAGUUCAAGCCAGAUUAUGUCAAUAUGAAUAUUACCAAACAAAAUGCUGUCUAUCAUGCAGUCGAGCACCAGAACUUCCUAGGGACUGAAAAUUGUUUUGUUGUAUAUAGUUUUAAAAAAAGUUGAAUGAGUUUCAUUCUCGUUCGUUAAAUAAAAUUUAUUUAAUUAAAUUUAUAAAAUAGUGAUUAAUUCAAUUGUGAUCACUCAAAAUAUUUUAAAAACAAAUACUACUGCCAAUUUGCCAUAUUUGUAUGUCAAGUGUGAACCAAAAAAAA